UAAAUAUUGCCUGAAAUGCCACCUCAGUGCAGCUUGCAGACCGUUCAUUUUUAAGAGACAAGAGAAUCCCUCAUCUCCGGAAACACAAAAGCAAUUUCACUUCCAGGAUGAUCUCAUUGGGGCAAACAGCUUAUGUUGCGGCUUUGUUUACUGCAGUUUCCUGUGUUCAGCCGGGGCCGGGUUUGAACCCGCCACCCUCAGUAUAUUGGGCCGGCACCUUACUGACUGAGCCACAGGCAUCGCCCAGAUGUCUGACUCAACUGUAUCAAAACACCUUCUUCCGAGGCGGGGAUUUGACUGCCACAUACAGCCCAGACGCCCUACACUGUCGGAUGGUGUGCACGUUCCACCCCAAGUGUUUGCUUUUCAGUUUUCUACCAGCAAGUUCAACUAACGACCCAGGGAAAAGGUUUGGUUGCUUCUUGAAAGAUGGCAUUACAGGAGUCCUGCCAAGAGUGCGUCUGAAAAGUGCAAUUUCUGGACAUUCCUUAAAGCAAUGUGGUCAUCAAAUAACUGCUUGCCACCGAGAAAUUUAUGAAGGAAUGGAUAUGAGAGGAGUCAAUUUUAACGUGUCGAAGGUGAACAGUGUUGAAGAAUGCCAAAAGUGGUGCACCAAUAAUAUCCAUUGCCAAUUUUUCACAUACGCCACGCAAACAUUUGACAAUGCAGAGUACCGAAACAACUGCCUGUUAAAGCGCAGUCCAAGUGGGACACCAACCAGUAUAAAGGUGCUGGACAACCUGGUAUCUGGAUUCUCACUGAAGCCCUGCGCACUUUCAGAGAUUGGUUCCCAUGGAGGUAAGAAGAAGGAGGCGUGUGUAGUUCAAGGUUGCCACAUGGACCUUUUCCAGAAUCUGGCAUUUUCAGAUGUUGACGUGGCCAGAGUCCUCACUCCAGAUGCCUUUGCGUGUCGCCUCAUUUGCACCUAUCAUCCCUCCUGCCUCUUCUUUACCUUCUAUACCAAUGCGUGGAACGUAGAGUCUCAAAGAAAUGUUUGUUUCCUUAAGACUUCUCAAAGUGGAACACCAAAUUCUACUACUCAAGAAAACACCAUAUCUGGAUAUAGUCUUUUAACCUGCAAAAGAACUUUGCCUGAACCCUGCCAUUCCAAAAUUUACCCUGGAGUUGACUUUGGAGGGGAAGACUUGAAUGUGACCUUUGUGGAUGGAGCCAGUGUUUGCCAGGAGACUUGCACGAAGACGGUUCACUGUCAGUUUUUCACUUAUUCUCUACUCCCCAAAGACUGCAGGGAAAAAAAGUGCAAAUGUUCCUUAAAAUUAUCUCUGGAUGGUUCUCCAACAAGCAUUACAUAUGGGACACAAGCGAGAUCUGGUUAUUCUUUGAGAUUGUGUAAAGCUGGGGACAGCUCUGUCUGCACAACAAAAACAAACACACGCAUUGUUGGAGGAACGAACUCUGUGUGGGGAGAGUGGCCCUGGCAAGUAAGCCUGCAAGUGCAGCUGGCGGCCCGGAGGCAUCUGUGCGGAGGGUCCAUCAUUGGACACCAGUGGGUCCUAACUGCAGCCCAUUGCUUUGAUGGACUUCCCUUACCAGAUAUUUGGCGCCUUUACAGCGGCAUUUUAAAUCUGUCAGACAUCACAGCAGAAACGCCUUUCACACUAAUAAAAGAAAUUAUUAUUCACCCAAACUACAAAAUCUCGGAAGGUGGUCAUGAUAUUGCCUUACUAAAACUUCGGGCUCCUUUGAAUUACACUGAAUUCCAAAAGCCAAUAUGCCUACCUUCCCAAGGUGACAUGCAUACGAUUUAUACCAACUGCUGGGUGACUGGCUGGGGCUUCUCGAAGGAAAAAGGUGAGAUCCAAAAUACUCUACAAAAGGCAAAUAUUCCUUUGGUAAUGAAUGAAGAAUGCCAGAAAAGAUACAGAGAUUAUGAAAUAACCAAACAGAUGCUGUGUGCCGGCCAUAAAGAAGGGGGAAAAGAUGCUUGUAAGGGAGAUUCGGGCGGUCCCCUGGUCUGUAAACACAGCGGAAUAUGGCGUUUGGUCGGCAUUACCAGCUGGGGUGAAGGCUGUGGCCGCAGGGAACAACCCGGUGUCUAUACCAAAGUUGCUGAGUACGUGGACUGGAUUUUAGAGAAAACACAGGGCGGUGGUGGAGACACUCUGUAAGGAGGAGCCAGGUCUGUGGCUCUGUUGUUGCCACUGUGUUCAGAUGUCUGCAGCAUGUGGACAAUGGUGUCCACCUGUCAUGGGGAUAAAAAAGUGUGUACAAGGCUGCUGAGGACGUGUCCACUGAGGCAUGCUCCCACAUCCGGGAAUGGGGUGCUAAGCAUGGGAGAUCCCCACUGAAGAUCUCCAUGGUUCUUGUGAAAUAAAAUGGCAAAAGAGCAUGAUUAACAA